AUGUUUGAGGUUGAAGCUUUGAGAGAUUCGCGGGAAUUCUCGGAAUCUCGUUUCGGUGAGGUAAGUGCAGUACAAGGAACAACUACUGGAAAGGAAACAAUUCUGGCCAACUUAGGACCUCUCGCAGAUCUGGUAGAUCAGUAUGCCAGCGUAUGUAAUGAAGUUAUAUCACUCUUUGCACAUGUCAUCUUGCGAUCGAGACAUCUGAGAAGAUAUUCCUUGAAUUGUGGUGCUGAGGAUUUAAGCCGGAUUACUUGUUGUAUUUGUUUCAUUCAUGAGAAAUCUAUCUUACUGCAGCCCUGUAAUCACAUUUGUGUAUGUGCUUAUUGUGUUGAGGAAUUGUUGGAGACCUACGAGGAACCAUUAUGUCCGCUGUGUCGCUCCGUCAUUACAUCAUAUGUUGAUGUCUAUAUUUAG